AUGCGGGCUUGUCUCGUGCUUGCAGCAGGACUCGUGUCCACAGUGGCCGCAUUGGCCGACCCGGCCCUGAUCGCCUCCCUGGAUGCGCAGGGCGUGCACGUAAAGCAAUUCUUCGACGAAGCCACCCUCGCGUCGUUGGACACGCCCUCUCACGAUCACUGUUCUCAGCUGUGUGAGAAACUUCCUGCGAUAUUUCCGGGAAAAGUCCUUUCCAAAGACACGCCAGCAUACACGGUAUGGGAUGCCAGUUUCUGGUCGCAGCAGCAAGCCCAAGUUCAGCCCGCCUGCAUCUUCCAGCCAGCGAACUCCAGCGAGGUGUCAGCAGGCCUGUUGCUGGCACGCCUCACGCAGUGUCCAUUUGCUGUGAAAAGCGGUGGCCACGCGGCCUUUGCUGGCGGUUCGAACAUUCAAAAUGGCCUCACCAUCGACCUGAGUGCCCUGAAGUCGAUCAGUAUAUCUCCGGAUAGAAAGACUGCGCAAAUCGGAGCGGGAAAUGUCUGGCUAGACGUUUACAGUGCGCUGCAGCCCUACAACUUGUCUGUUAUUGGAGGUCGGGUAGCAGAUAUCGGGGUGGGAGGCUUGACGCUCGGAGGAGGAAUCUCGUUCUUCUCACAGCGGUAUGGCUGGGCCUGCGACAAUGUAAACAACUACGAGGUUGUCCUUGCAGACGGACGCAUUGUCGACGUGAACUAUACAUCCUAUCCGGACUUGUACUGGGCACUGCGCGGUGGUGGCAACAACUUUGGCAUCGUGACCCGAUUCGAUCUUGCAACGCAUUCACAGGGAGUCAUGUGGGGUGGAUCUCGCAUCUACACCACCGAUUACCAAGCCGAUCUGAUCAGCGGGUUUGUCGAGUAUGCCCAGAGAGCGUCCCAGGACCCCGAUGCUGCGUUGAUCCUGAAUUUCGCCUACGCACAAGGAGCAUUUCUGGCAGUUGCAAAUAUCGAAUAUGCGCGACCAGUCAUCAAGCCUCCUAUCUUCGAUGGGUUUGAAACAAUCCCGGCUAUAGUAGAUACCAUGGGAAUUAAAAGUCUGCCGGACAUCGCACUCGAGUUCAAACAGUCCAACCCGGACGGCCUGCGGGAAAGCUUCUGGACCGCAACCUUCAAGUUGGAUGCUGACCUGGUUACAUAUAUCGUCGACCUGUUUGAGACUGAAAUCGAGCCCAUCAAGAAUGCCACCGGCCUCCUUCCGGCCCUAGUCUUGCAGAUCAUCACCACCGAUAUGCUUUCACAGAUGGAGAAGAACGGAGGCAAUGCACUGGGAUUGAGCCCCUCUGCGGGCAAUCUUCUCCUAAUGAACCUCGCCUUCAUGUGGGCAAAUGAAGCGGAUGAUGCAGCAAUCAUGCAUGUCCUGGGAGCCAUCACCUCCAAGUCAAUCGCCGAGGCCAAGUCGCGCGGUCUGUAUCACGAAUUCCUCUACAUGAAUUACGCAAGCCAAUAUCAGAACGUCGUUCCCUCAUAUGGAGCGCAAAAUCAUCAGCGCCUGCAGGCGAUCUCCAAGAAAUACGAUCCGGAUCAAGUAUUCCAAACACUCCAGCCCGGAUACUUUAAGCUGAAUGGACCUCCUAAUUCGACAUAUCCUUGA